GCCGGGCGGUGAAAGCAUCACAGAAUUCGCUUUGUGUUUCAUUUUGUCUUUCUCUCGCUCUAUUAAACCCAGUUCCUUUCUUAGCUCCUUCUGCUCCCCCGUCGUUUGUGGAAGAAUUCCGGCAAAAAAAAAAAAAAGAAGGGUUUUCCCCCUUCGUGUGUGGAUAUUGUUGAAUAGCUAUCGUUUCUAGCCCUAUAGCCUGCAUUCUAUAUAGCACUCCGUCUGUGUAGAUGCUCUCAAAUUGAUGUAAGACUGGUAGAGAUGGCAUCAAAGGCUCCUGUCAGUGGUGUCCGGGGAUUCUCAAAGGCUCUAUCUUCAGCUGUUCUCGAAUGGAUAUUGAUGUUCCUAUUAUUCAUUAAUGCGCUGUUCUCCUACCUAGUGACAAAGUUCUCUCGUCUUUGCAUGUUACAAACCCCUUGUCUGUUGUGUUCAAGACUAGAUCACAUUUUUGGAAAUGAGAAACCAGGUUUCUAUCUUGAUUUAAUUUGCAAAGAUCACAGAACAGAGCUCUCACCAUUGUCUUUCUGUAGUGUUCAUGGGAAUUUUGCUGAUAUAUGCAAGAGCUGUCUACUUUCAACUUCCACUGAGAGGAAAUCUACCCUUGAUACCUAUAAACAAUUUACUGGUAAGCUCAAAGGGGAUUCUCAUGACCAUGAUGAUGCUUGGGGUGCUGAGGAGGGCAGCUUCAGUGUGUUUCAUGGGGAUGAGUUGGCAAACAUCCCAUAUCUUAAGAGGGAUCAAGAACUUCAUGCCAUUGGCUUGGAGGAAGACAAACCCAUUAAAGCAUGCGUGUCCAAAGUUGACAUUCCUUCAUCGUCAUCACCUAGGAAAGGUUUUGUUAAAAUUGAAGAUGGACAGAGAAAAAUAAAGGAUAAAAUUUUGGAUUCACCAACAAGUUUCCAGGAGAAGAAUCAAGGAGUUGAUUACUUUUCUCAUGUUGGUUAUACUGAAGUCAAAAUUUCCUCCGAUUCUGAUCUUGAGAGUCUAGUGACACAUAAUGAAGGAAAUUCUCUGGCAUAUGGAGAUGACAAUACCCAUGAUGAUUCAGUGUCAGAUAUCAUAGAUUUGGAGAAUGUCUGUAUUAGCAAAAAAAGUUCAUCAGCUACUGUUUUGGAUGGCAUAAACAAACAGAAGUUGAUCCACCCUGCUGCAGUCAAUAUUUCAGAAGAUAGAGUCUUGGAAAAGUUGAUUCACUUUGCACCGCUUCCUAAUGAACCUUUUGCAUCAACUCCUGAAAAACAAAUAAAUGUAGCUGAGUUUAGUAAUGAGCCAUCUUCAUCUUCUAAUGCUGCCGGAUGUAGUUCGGUUGACAACAAUUCAAGCCAAAUUGAAGUUAAACUAAUCUCCAUGCAAUACGAAAUGGGAUCACAUGAUUCCCCAGAAGGCCUUGUAGAAAACUCCAAUGUGAGAAUAGAUAUUGAGUUACUUGAUGCUUCUUUCAUUAUCCUUGAUGAUAAGAAGGAUGCUUGUGCAAGUCACGUCAAUUUGAGGAUGAUUAAUGAUGCAAAUGAGCAUGGUCAAACUAACAUGGAUUUGAACGAUUCCAAUGAGCAUACUGUUGGUAAUACUGGAAGCUCUUCAUCUCCUGGAUCUUCUCAAGUAAUUAUGAGGAAGGAUUCAUCUAAAGUUCAGGAAGAUCUGACAAGUCAAUCUAGUGAAUCUAUGAAUAGGCAUAUGGAUCUAAAUAACGCUAAUGAUCUUGCUCUUGUUACUCAUGGAAGCUUGCCUCCUAAACUUCAGGAAGAUCUGAUCAGUGGACCUGGCCAAUCUAUGAGUAUUCAUAUGGAUUUGGACGAUGCUUAUAAACUUGCUAUUAGCACUAGUGGAAGCAUGCCAUCUCGAUUUACUGAAGUAAUGAUGAAGAAGGAUUCAUUUACAGUUCAAGAAGAUCUGGUUAGUGAAUCUGGCCAAACUAUGAGUACUAAUUUGGAUAUGAAUGAUGCUUACCAGCUUGCUACAAAGAGAAGUUUGUUGUCUCCAAGAUUCACUGAAGUAAUUAUGGGGAAGGAUUCUUCAAGAGUGCAGGAAGAUCUCAAACUUCUGAUUUCUCAAAUAUCUGCAGCACAGGGACUUGAGUCUCCAUGGAAUGAAAUGGCUCCUAGUCCCAGAUCAUUUACUCAAGAUGAUGAAUCUGUAUUGCAGAACAUAACUAAGACACUCUCUCUUGAGAGGAAUAGAUCAGGAUUAGAAUCACUAGAAUGUGGUAUUGUGGGUGAGGUGGAAGGGGAAAGUGCUGUUGAGAGGCUGAAGAGACAAGUAGAACUGGACAGGAAGUCCAUAAGCCUUCUCUUCAAGGAAUUAGAAGAAGAAAGAAAUGCUUCGGCAAUUGCUGCAAAUCAAUCCAUGGCCAUGAUAACUAGGUUGCAAGAGGAGAAGGCUUCUAUGCAAAUGGAGGCUAUGCACUACCAAAGAAUGAUGGAAGAGCAAGCUGAGUAUGACCAUGAAGCACUCCAGAAAUGUAAUGAAUUACUUGCUCAAAGAGACGAGGAAAUACAAGCUUUGCAAUAUGAAGUGGAAAGCUAUAGGAGAGACUAGGUUGAUGAAGUUUCUACUGAUAAAACAGUUGAUAUGUGUGGUAACUUUCUUGAUAAGGAGAUUGCUUUUUGUGACAAAACAGGGGAAGCUAAAUUAUCCAGAUUUACUGAAUUAGGGAAUUAUAAGAACCCCUUAUCUUUUUCUGAAGAAGAGGUGACAUAUAUAUUAAAUUGCUUUAAAAA